UUUCCCGAUAUUAAUUUAGACAACUUAAAUUAUUACUACAUAGCAGUAUUCUUCUCUCUCUCUCUCUCUGUCGUAUGAGCUACAAUACAUAUUGAGGCGGUUCUCGAUUUUUAUAAUUUCCACAGAAAUAAAAUUGUGCUUUCAAGAAGAAUUACUCCAUUUUUAUUCUUUUUGCAGAUGAAAUAUCGUUUCUUUUAGCACUAACUUCAAAUUUCAAAAAGAAAAGUAGAGAAUUCCCUCUUCAUAUAAAGAGAAGUAGAGGAAUAAAAUUAAUCAUCAAACAUCUCUCUCUCUCCUCCCCACCCCACCUCCUUCUCUUCGAUUCCGUGAAGUGAUAUACUAGCUAGUUAGAGGCCGAUUGAUAACCUAUCCAUCAAACCACAUUUUGCUUACCGCUCCUAUAAAAGAAAUUUGUUUUUUUUUUUUGGCUGUAAUAUAUCUCCUUGCAAGUCUCUCUUACUUUCAUUGUAGCUCCUAGACUAGACGUUUUCAAUUCCCUCUACGAGCGCAUCUGCAGAUAUCUUUCGUUUUGAAUUCCAGACUACAAUGACGACAUUCUGAUUCCGACCACAGCUUUAAGAUACAUAGGUGAUGACGUGCAAUGGGAUGGCUUUCUUCCCAACAAAUUUCAUGCUCCAGAUUUCUCAUGAUCAAGAUGAUCAUCAACCUCCCACAUCUCUCAAUCCAAUUCUACCCUCACCCCAAGAUUUCCGUGGGGUGGCAUCAUUUAUAGGGAAGAGAUCAUCAAUGUCUUUUUCAGGGAUUGAUGCGUGUCAUGAAGAAGGCAAUGGAGAAGAUGAGUUGUCUGAUGAUGGCUCACAAGCAGGAGAAAAGAAGAGGAGGCUCAAUAUGGAACAAGUCAAGACUCUUGAAAAAAACUUUGAGUUGGGUAACAAGCUUGAACCUGAGAGAAAAAUGCAACUGGCUAGGGCUCUUGGUCUGCAGCCAAGACAGAUUGCUAUAUGGUUCCAAAACAGGAGGGCCAGAUGGAAAACCAAACAACUAGAGAAAGAUUAUGAUCUCCUCAAGAGACAGUUUGAUGCUAUUAAAGCUGAAAACGAUGCGCUACAAGCUCAGAACCAGAAACUUCACGCGGAGGUAAUUAGCUGCAAGAAUUUGACACAUCAUCGACUGGCUAUAGAGAUAUUGGCACUGAAAAGCAGAGAACCGACUGAACCUAUCAACCUCAACAAAGAAACAGAGGGUUCUAGCUGUAAUAGAAGUGAAAACAGCUCUGAUAUCAAGUUGGAUAUCUCGAGGACGCCAGCAAUUGACAGCCCUCUAUCUAAUCAUCAUCCAACGAGCAGAUCCCUUUUCCCCUCAUCAUCAUCAUCUAUAAGGCCUGCAGGCGUUGCUAUAAGACCUACAGGUGUUGCUCAACUCUUCCAAACAAACCCUUCAAGGCCUGAUAUUCAAAGCCAGAAGAUUGAUCAAUUAGUCAAAGAAGAAAAUCUUGGCAAUAUGUUCUGUAGCAUCGAAGAUCAAUCUGGAUUUUGGCCCUGGCUUGAGCAACACCAUUUCAAUUAAGAAAAUGAACCCAGAAUGUCAUACUGGACCAUACCCAUUAUACACCCAUGGCAAUAGUUGAUUUUCAUUUCAAUAAGAGGGAAAUUAUCUUAAUUUCAUGAGUUUAAAAUUAAGUUCAUGUCUUAUCACUUUGAUUGGUGUGUGUGUGUGUGACUUAUACAUUUUCGUUGAGUAACAAGAGGGAUGUUUGCCUUGCUAGGCUCGAUGGUGGAAUUUAAGUUAUAUUUGCUUGUCACUGGUUAGAUU